CAAAUAUAAUAGUAGUGUCAAAUAUUGGAUCAACACAAUGAACAACACAUCAAUCAUUGUUGAGCAGUCACCGAACUUUCAAUUUCUCUCCGUUUGUCACUACAUUACUCUUCUUGGUACUUUUUUUCACAAUACAAAUUUUAUAACAUUUGAGCAGCAAAGUCAACCUGACAUUGUUGUCAACACUUUAAUUGAGUAUCUAACGAUUGCGAAGAAUGAAACCCGCUCGAAACAUUUCCUUUUAAGUACAAUACUAAAAGGAACUGAUCUCUAUGGUGGUGAAAAAGGUGAAAAACUUGACAAGAAAUAUGUAAAUGAAACCUUUAAGUACUUCAUUAAUGGGGUACUAUUUCCCAACUAUAGCAACAUUAAUUUGUAUUUGGCUGAAAUGAUUCAGAAUUCAGAUAAUUUAAAUUACUCAAUUUUUAAGAAAACCGUGUAUAAUCAUCUCUUGCAACAUCGCUUCAAUUGGGAAUACUGUUCGCAAAAAAAUUACACAUCAACACUACCUCAAUUGACAAUUAAAAAAAUUUUCGACGAAUACAUUUGGUCAAUUUUUCCCCAACCCGAAGAAGACAUGAGCAUAAUGGACGUUAAAUACAUUUAUUCAAUGGUAGGUUUAAAUAUUCUCAGGUCCACGUCAUCGGAUGAACCAAAUCUUUCGUUCUCGGAAUAUAUUUUAAUCUCGCGAGAACUUGAUUUGCAGCAUAUCGAUAAUGAAACCUAUAAAAUUGUAUUAUCGUAUUACUCAACUGCAGCUUUAUUUUUUUAUGCCUCUAAAGGCAAAGGAAUAAAUAAAAUUAAUUUAAAUGAUGAAUUUUGGAGAGAAGCUUAUAAAAUUUUAUUUACCGAAAUUGAUAUCAAAAUGAAUGAAAUUGUAAGUAAAGAAAUUGAGAGUAGUUUGCCUUACAAACUGGAAAGGCAAAUCAAUAAUACCAAAACUCGGACGAUGAUUGCCCGCGAAAUACUUCUUCUUUAUUGUUAUCCUUCUGUCCAUGGUGAUUCGUCAUUGUAUCGUGUCUAUAUAGAAGGAUAUGUGUCCUUGUAUAAAAGCACGUACCUUUUUCUACUAAAAACUUUUCUCCAGCAGAGUUGCAAAACAAGUCAUUUUCCAAAUUUAAAAAAUGUAUUUCUUAAUCAAUUUCCAAAACUAGAAAAACUGUACAAAGAAAUGAUAAGAAAUUCAAUUUCGAAAGUCUUAAUCGACGGUGGUUUAUUAGAAAAAAUGAAUCCAAAUGUUACAGUGAAUUCUGCAAAACUAAUAUUUCCCAUGCCUUUUACCACAACACAGUGUGGUAUCGACAUAAAAAUAAACGAAGACAUACAUGUAAUAUUUGCAAUAAUUGAAAACAAAAAAAAAGAAUACUACGCUAUUAGACAAGUGAAAGAUGAAUUGACAUUAAUUACAAGAAAUGGAAAUGAAAAAGAAUUUCUUAGCGCUAUUAUCAAUCCUAAAUGUUUAAAACUGGUCAAAUCAGAAAAAGAGUAUUUUUUUGAACAGUCAACGUAUAAAUAUAAAAAUGAAAAUUAUAAAUUUUUUGUUGAAAGAAUUGCCAAUAUGAAGACAAAGGCGUUUAUAACAAACAUGACAGAAGUAUAUAAUGAGGAAGUUCUUGAUGAAAAAAUUUCAAAUAUCGUGAAAAUUUUUAUCCCAUUAUACAAUUGUAUUGAAAGUUCAAUAGCAGGUGACAUAAGUGGAGCCACGUUAAGUUGUAGCCUGGAUAUUUUUAGUUUUCUUCCAGUUGUAGGUUUAUUUGUAUCAAGUUCAUUUAAGAUAGUCAACGGUGUCGGAGGUUCAAUUGUUAAGAAUAUUUUUAUGACAAACGCUGUUGCAAAGACAGCCGGAAUUGUGACCAAAAUGUCAUUAACUGCAGCGUUAAAGGCAAUUGCAAAAGAUUCUGUUAUUACAAUCGCAAAACAAAUUUUAACUAAAGAAUUCUUUAAAGCUUUAACAAUAGCCUCGCUUCGAACACUAGAUCCUGGAUUUGAAUUACUUUACUCAAUGGGCCGCUUUAGUUUUAAAAUGUUAGGAAAACUGGUUAAAAAUUUUGAAUUAGUUUUUAAAACUAUAUCACAAGCUAAAAAUUUUAUAUUAUCACUAAAAACCUUAUUAAUGAACAUGCAACGAAACAUGCAUCUGUUAACUGACAUAAGGGGAUUAGUACCAAAGGUUUUAUUGAAGAAAAAUAAUUAUGACAUUGUUAGAUACCAUUAUCCUGGUGGUUCACAUUUAUUUGGACCUGAGUGCAUAAGAUCACUUGACACGAUUGCCGAAUUAAGAACCGUGCAAGGAGCUUCAUAUAAGGUUGCAGUUGUUCCAGUAAAAUCACCAGGUGAAAUUUUUUACAAACAAUUCGUUCCAGAAACUGGCGAUAUAAUUGGACCCAACUUAAAAAUGGAUAACAAUGAUCUGCUUCGUCGAGUUGAAUUUAUGGUAGCGGAUAUGGUGGCUAAUGGACCAGAAAUGAAAAUAACUCGUGAUUAUCAUGUCUAUCAUAAUACAAUAGAAUGGAAAAUAAAUCCUUCGAAGGAAAACUCGCCCGUAAAUUUAAAUCAACAACUCAGUACAUUGGAAAAUAAUUCUCCACAACUUCCUAAUCUCCACCCUCAUCCACUUCCGGUAUCAACCAAUGUGCAGGAAGAAGUAGAUUAUAUUAAUUCGAUGAUUAAAGAAGGCGAUAUAUCAAAUAGUUUCGAAUUCUCAACAGUACAAAUGCAAAGAUUACAAGAAUUUUUGGAUAUUCCCGGAACGUCGGGACAAACUUUACAAAUUAAACCAAAAGUAAAUAUUCCGGUAUCAACCAAUGUGCUGGAAGAAGUAGAUUAUAUUAAUUCAAUGAUUAAAGAAGGCGAUAUAUCAAAUAGUUUCGAAUUCUCAACAGUACAAAUGCAAAGAUUGCAAGAAUUUUUGGAUAAUAUCCCCGGAACGUCGAGACAAACUUUACAAAUUAAACCAAAAGUAAAUAUUGAUAAAGUCGAAAUAAUACCAGAGGGUUACGAUCAUUCUUCACAAUAUGCAAAACAAAUACUAGAAGGAUUGAAAGAAAAUCCAAAUAAAAGAAAAUUAGAUACAAUAUCAGAAAUUAAAGAAAAUAUUGCAUCACAUCAACAUGAAACACAAGAUUUAUUGGAUAAUAUCCCCGGAACGUCAAGACAAAAUGUACAGAAAAAUCCAAAUUUAAGCAACGAAAAAGUAAAUACAGUAUCCGAAGGUUUAGAGAACACUUUACAUCGGGAAAAAAUACAAAAAUUGGUGUUUAACACCGGGACUUCAAUUAAACGUAUUAAAGAUUAUUCAGUGUACUAUAAAACGAUGUUGAAAGUCGCAAAGUACAAAGAAUAUGUAAAUUUAUUAAAAUUAUGGAGAAACAAUGGUUUAAAAUUUAUGAUGACAAAAGAAAAUGAAAUAUAUAAUUUCCGUCGUGCGUUAAAUUCUCUGGCUCAUAUUCAAUUGAAUAAUGGAUAUCAGUUAAGAAUACCACGUAAACUGUAUCACACUCAAAUAAUGGAUGGAGUUGAAAAUGUUGAGUUAUUAAGUAAUUUGAAAACAAAAGAUUUUUUCUUUAAUGACAUUACUCUUUUGACAAAUCAAAAAUCAACGCCACUAUUACAAUUAAAGGAUUCGGAAAUACAAGUACAAUACAGCUUAACAAUUAAUUCUCCAUAUGGAAUUGUAGACUUAACUCAUAUUCAUGAAGACUUUGUAAGUGACUACAUAACAUUUGGCGACGUAGUAUUUACAGUAAAGGAUAGUUCUUUUAUUGAAAGUAACAAGAUUUUGAAUAUCCAAUUAGAGCAAAAAAGAAUGUCAUUUAGUCACUGGUCUCAAUUUUUAGAGAAUGAUUUAAAAGAAUUGUUGCAGAUGGAAAAAAAUGAAAAAUUACCAAGAGUGAGUGAGAUUGAAAAGCACGCCAGCAUCUUAUCCAACAGUCUUCCGCUGACUUCCUUGAAAUCAGCAAGAAGAAAUCUCGAAGGGUAUAUUUUAGGAAUAAAACCAAAUAAAAAUGUUCCAACUUAUAAUGAAUUGUCCAAUGAAAUAUUAAGUGGUAAAUUAACGCAUUUAUAUGAGGAUUGGAAAAUUGGUUUUCAUCCGUAUAUUCAGGACUUGUUACUUAAAAGUCAUUUAGAUAAUAUUUUUGUAGAUAGUUCUGCAGAAAUAAGAAUUCAGAAGAUAUAUGGUUUAACUUAUUCUCAAGAUAUAAGUGAAGCUUUUUCUAAAUAUGAUAAGAUUAAAGAUAUUAGACAGCAUCUUCGAUUUGAGGAUUAUUAUAUUUUAUAUUCCUAUACGAAGAGAAAGAGUUUAUUAAAUAUUGAUGGACAAAGACGAAUGGAUGCUGCAAUUAAUCGACUAGCGCUUAGACAAACUGAUACAGACAGAGUAGACUUAAUGUUUCAUCGUGCUGAAAUGAUUAGUAAAGAUUAUGCUAGGCACCUUUUAUCACUCGAGAAGAAAAAAUUUAUUACAUUUGAAGAGAAUAUUAUGUUAUAUCCAGAUCGUGAAAUGGAAUUAGAUAAUUGUCUGAAGAUGACGCGUACUUCAAAUCAAAUGCCAUUAAUAAUGGAUAUUAGAUUGAAAAAUGCGGCUGGUCUUGCUGACGUUACUAGUGUCAUUUCCGACGAAACUCAUCCAUUUUAUGUCAUGACAUCGAGGUCUGAAUUUAUAUUGGAGGAUAAUGUAUAUAUUGACACAAUUGAAGGUGUGGAAGUGCUGAUUAUGAAAAUAGAGGAUGGUGGAAGUCCAUUGGAAAAAAGAAUGGUUAAUAUCGCAAAGAAUCUUCAGGAAUUAUUUUCUACAAAUACCAAGUUUUACUCGGAAUUUGGUAAUUAGAUUUUAGUAAAAUUUCUUGUUUUAAUAAUAAUAGACACAGUGUGCGUGUCACAUAGAUACCAUUAAUCAACGUAUUGGUGCUGACCAUUAAUUAAACAUGUUUUUGUUAAAUUUAGUUAUAAGUCGUUAUUAUAUAUGUAUAAUUGAAACAUUUUAUAUUACUUCAAAUUUAAUUUUUUUUCUUAUCAGUCUGUUUGCAAUACUAUUGAAGAAAUAUCUACUUCUUAUCGAAAUAGGAAAAUUAUCAUCUCUGGUGAUUUCAAUUUAAGUAAUUGGUUCCCUGGCGGAUUCGAUUUGCGUAAUGUCUACUUAACUAAGCGGACUUUAGGUAGACAUUAGGUAGACAUGUAAAAAAACGUAU